AUGGCAAUCGUACGCACGUUCUGGAUCUUCUGUGAAAGCUCAUCCCUCCACGGACUACGCUACAUUGCAGCAUGGGAGCAGUUCCGCACCAACCCGACACUAACCACCAUUGAGACAACAACGUUCCCCGUUUCAAUGAUCCCAUUUCCUUCGGUUACGCUGUGCAACAUCAACAAAAUACACUCUGCCAAAGCGAAAGAACUCAGCCAGCAGCUAAUCGAUCUAGGGAUGAGUGAAAAUGAUACCGUAGAUCUGCUGGGCGCCCUGCCACGUCUGCAUGAUUAUCGUCCGGUCAGCGAUCGGGUUCUGGAGUUGGAACAGUUCCUUCUGUCCAAAGGGUACGACGCAGAGCGACUUGCGUUCGAAGUGGCCCCACCCUGCGAAACGAUGAUGGCAGACUGCUUCUGGCUAACUCAACCGGUGCCCUGUGCGAAGGUGUUCCGAAGGACGAAAAUAUUCGCAGGCUACUGUUGCUCGUACAACGUGGAUCAGUUUCUGGAACCAAUCAACACGCGAGCAGGCGAUCGGGAUGCCUCGGAAAGCUUGUAUGUAACCGGGAUCGGCAAGGGCGAAGGACUUUCCGUGCUAGUCGACAUCGGGGAAAGCUAUUACACCGCCCCGCAUCGCUUCACGUACGGGGUAAAGGUGUUUGUCCACCAGUCUUUCGAUAUACCGGAUGCCUCAGACUACACGGCGAUCGUACAGCGUGCACUGCGCUACACCCACAGUAAUUGCAUGAACGAGUGCGAGCAGCGCCAUUGGCACCGGGUUUGCAAUUGCGUUCCGUUGUUCAAGCAGAUUGUGGAGUUGCAAGUUUUGCGUGUCCCGGUGUGUGGCUUCCGCGAUCUACCGUGUCUGUUGCAGGAGAAAGAACACACCCUAUUUACAUCGGAGUCGGAAAAUGUUACCACCCCGUCGCUGUCGGUAUGGAAGAACGUCAAGUGCCACUGCUUUCCAAGCUGCACCAUAGAAAAAAAUGAAGUGCUGUCCAUAUCAAACUCUAUCGCCUAUACCGAAGGCGAUAUGUUUGCGCCAGGGAUCAACUUUUCCGCCUACGGUUUGUUGCACGUACAUUUUCGAUCCACGAACUGUCUCAAGUACCGGCGCGAACCAUACCUGACGUGGCAAUCGUUGGUGGCCACUUUCGGGGGUAUUUUUGGACUGUGCAUGGGCGGAUCCAUUCUGAGCGUGCUGGAAUUGUUGUACCAUUGUGGCAUCACACCGUUCGUCGUGUACGAUACCAAAUGUGGCAACGAUACGUAA